AUGAGCUCCUCAUCUCCACGGACGGCCAUGGCGAGGGACUCCAAGAAGAAGAAGAAGAAGCGCCUGAAGGGGAGCCCGGUGUCCAAGCUCACCGACGACAUCCUCGCCGAUAUCAUCUCGCGCGUGCCGUACAAGUCCACCUGCUGCUGCAAAUGCGUCUCCACGCGCUGGCGCGACCUCAUCUCCUACCAGUGCCGAAACAAGAUGCCGCAGUCCAUCGUCGGCUUCUUCUACGAAGGUUACAACGAAUUCCGCUCUCCCAAGAAGGCUCGUUAUUUUACCAAUCUGUCACGGCAACGCUAUCCUCUCGUCGACCCCUCGCUGUCUUUCCUGCCCAAUUGCGAGAGCCUUGACAUCUUGGACAGCUGCAAUGGCCUCCUCCUCUGCCGCUGCUGGAAGGUGACUGAUCCCAAGACAUUGGAUUAUGUGGUGUGCAAUCCCACUACUCAGAAAUGGGUGGCCGUGCCUGCCACUGACUGGUCCAGCAUGGUGAGCGUCGCUCGCCUGGGAUUCGACCCGGCCGUUUCUUCCCACUUCCAUGUAUUCGAGUUCAUAGAUGAGGAGUCAUGGGGUAUAUCUGAGGACGAGCUUGAUGGCGAUUGCUGUGGACGCAUCGAAACACUAGCAAUAUACUCAUCCAAAGCUGGAGCUUGGAAAUAUCAAACAGUUGAGCAUGGUCGCUUUUCGAUACCCAAGAAUUCAGUAAGCACAUUUUUUAAUGGGAUCUUGCAUUUGGCUAACUUAUUUGAAUGUAUAGUAGCUGUUGAUGUGGAAGGAGCUAAUUGGUGGCUCAUUGAUGUUCCUGAGCUACCUUACUAUGCUGAUUGUAUCGGUGGCAUAUUUCCAUCACAGGGACGGUUGUAUUUUGCUGAUUCUGAUGGUUCUAAACUAUCAAUCUGGGUUCUUGAGGACUACGUUACAGGAAAAUGGACUUUGAAGCACAAUGUGAGCCACUUGCAGUUAUUCAGAACAAAGUAUUCAUCGUAUGUGAAUAAUUAUGAGGUUAUUUCUAUCCAUCCGGAACACAGUUUGGUUUUUAUAGUCGGUGGAGUUGAGAAGACACUAAUGUCAUACGACAUGGAUUCUAGAAAGCUGUGUUUUAUACGUCAACUUGGCUCUGAGUGUAAGCUUGAAUGGCAAUGGUGGCCUGAAUGCGGCAAAAAGGCUCCUCCUUUUUAUCCACAUGUCCCCUUGUUCUCAGAGUCAUUGGCAGAUGAACACUAA